AUGACUUUACAGGCUUUUCCCACACUCCAAGAGCUGGCAAUCCGGGAGUUGGCAAGUAAUGAAGACUUUGUUAUCUCUACUCUGGAGUACCUGCCCAAAGUGUUCUUCCCCCCACUGUUCAAGGAGGCCUUCAUUAAGAGACGAAGAAAGAUUGUGAAGCACAUGGUAGCAACUUGGCCCUACUCCCACCUCUAUCUUGGCCCUCUUAUGGACAACUUCCAUAUUGAUACUUUCAAGGCGGUGUUGGAUGGAGUAGAUUGGCUGAAUGACCAGGAGGUUUGGCCUCGGAAGUGUAGACUCAAAGAACUCUAUUUUUUCGAUGUCAACGAUGACUUCCUGGAAACAUGUGCUACAACACAGGGUCAUCUCCAAGUUCCAUGGCAUCGUGUCAGAGUUUCACAGCACAAUGAACAUACAACAUUGGUGAUUCGACAACUACGCCUACGCCCCAUACUCUACUGUGGCAGUGCGGGUCCCAUCAAGGAUCCACCAUGCAUCUGUUUGCAAUUGAAGAAGACCCUGGCCAGCAAGAGGAGGUUUCAGUCUCAAGACUUCGUCCUGUCUACUGAUGGGUGCCUAUGA